AAUUCCAAUGGUUAUGUACCCUUUAGCUUCGUUCUCAACCGAAAAAAUUGUAGGACUAUCACUACCAAGAUGCGGGCAACUUUCUGUGCAAUAUGUCUACUUAUAAUAGUGACCUCUAUUUCAACCAAACAGAAAUUCAAAUGUGAAAUUCCGUCAAGUCUACGUCCUCUUCCGCCUAGUCAAUGGGAACCUGCUCUUGCUGUUAUGAGAUAUCUGAAAAUAGCAGUGCCUCGGGAUCAAAUAAUAUGCAUUGUGAAGUUGCCACUGGUGGGACAAGCGUACACAGUACAGUAUGUAAGCGGCGGGGGAGCUGGGUACUGCAUCCGUUCGUUUUGGUUAAAACCGAAUAAAGAAAAUGAGACGAGUAUACCCGACUGUACGGCAUAACAAAUGUAUUGGAAGUGAUUAUCCAACAAUUUAGAACCCAAUGGAUAAAUAAAAGUGAACACAAAAAUAUA